UAUACUUUGACUAGCUUAUUGACUCUCUCUUUUACCGGUUAUUUGUUAUCUUUCCAAUUUUACAACAUUGCUUGUCAUCUAGUUCUUGACUUUUCUAAUUUUCUUACUGUCUAUGGUAAAAAUAAUGUUAAGAAGGGGAUGUGAAAGGGAAGGAUAUAGGCCAGCCAGGGGAAGAAGAGUAUCUUCCUCGAGGAGUAGAGAAAAUGGGAUAGCUAGGUUUGGAAAGAAGGUUCAAAUUCGGUUUUGGGUCGAAGUGGUUGGGUGAGUAUUGAUCGAGUUAUGAGCAAGAUUUUUUUUUGGGGUGUGCAACAAUUUGAUUCGAUCGGUCCGGUUUGAAUCGAAUGAGAAUUGUGAUCCAAUAGUGAAAGACAUCUGAUCAGAACAUCCAAUGUCUCUUGUUACUCUGGUUAUAUGUUUAAAUUUUACGGUUCUUAUUAAUUAUUGAUUCACUAAUAUGAACCGAUUAACUCGAGGGCACCAACGAGACAUAGUACUUUACAUUAGAAAGGCUCUCGCGAAUGCAGAUCAAAGAUGUCCCAACGCCGCUGCCGUCGGUCUUCUCCGUCGUCACCUUAAGCCUGUACUUUGUGCCCAGGCUCGCCGAAAACUGCGUUUCGCCGCCAUUCACGCUGACGAGCUUCAACGGUGGAUUAUUGGCCCGGCUCUGCGAGUUGUAAGUGUCGAUGGCGAACUCGGCAAUCUCCACGACGUGUUUGUCCGCCGGAUUCGUUAUCGGCGUUUACAAGCCGAGUGCCUCGACGGCGACCAGGGCUAUAGCGACGGUAAUUGUAGCGACGAGAAAGCUGUUUGUCCUCUGAUAGGUCAAAAGCGUAUAUGCCUUAAUCCUAUCUUGUAGUAAAACCGGAAAUCCGGGUAUCGUCUCUCAGGGACUGGUACAACCUUAUGAUUUAUCAAUUCUUUCGAGCAAACUAUAUGUGAAAAUGUUUAAGAGAUGAAAUUAUUAACUAAUAGCAAAAUAAUUAAACUAAUUAAGCAAAGUAAACUUGUCGAGGAAAAUUCAAUGGGAAAAAGCUCUGGGAGAAACACCGGGAUUCACUACCUAUCCUAUCCAGAUUAAUUCACAUACUCCAAUCAAUUUAAUCCAUACCUCUACAGCCAGGAUAUCACUACUGUGCUAGCUAUCCCUGUCGGGAAUUACUACGUACUAAAUAAUCAAUUCAAAUCCUACUGUCGUAGCUCAAUGAAUUAACUAUAUAGUCUGAAGAUCGAUAUCCUAUUUAAGACCGCAUAGCACCUUAUUUAAUCCACUGUCGCUUCGAUAAGUUACUAUGUCACAUGAAAUAUGUUCAGUUAAUAGGGUUUCACUGUCGCUAAUAACCUAAUCAACUACAAAUCGAUGUAUUGGUGGCCAGUCAACACAAAGCAUUAAGAAAUUCCAUGCAAUAGAGAUUGGAAGAAAAGAAUCAUAAAUCAAUCCAUCAAAUCAAGAAAUAGCUACAUCCUAUGGUGUUUCCCCCAGAAAUUGGGGUUUAGUUCAUGACGAAAUUAAGAUAAAUCGAUAGGGUUUUGUUCAUCAUGUUCUAAAUCAACAAGAAACAACUAAUUCGGUUUAGAAAAUCCAACCAACUAAUCGCUCUCGUUGAAUUCAGCUCAGGUAGCCUUGGAAAUCUCAAUCGUCGAUUGAGAAUUGCCUGGUCGCUCGAUGCCUGCUGCUGCCUUGCGCUUUCUUUUUCUUCAAGAAUAUCGCCCGAUCCUCUGGUCCUCCCAGCUGCUGCGCGCUUCUUCUUUUCUCCCUUUUGCUUCCGUCCCUUUCUUUUUUUUUUUCACAAAGAAUUCUCUCUUCCUCCCUUCAAUUCCGUUCCGCCCAAAGAAAUCCCUUCCUUUAAUUUGCUGCCCACCAAAUUGCCCAGCCGCCUACUAAUUCCUCUUGGCCCGUCCACUAAUCCCGGCCCAAGCUUUAAUCCCCAUCUUUUGUUUCUUUCUUCUGCUAGCCCAGCUAAUUCAAAGUCCCAUCGAUUUGGGCUUUGGCCCAAUUACUUGUUGUGCACUCGCUUCUUUUUCGUGCUUUCUCUACCUGUAACAUAUCAAACUCAUGGCACUAGGCAGUAAUGGUUUUUCAACCAUUUCCGGGUUAGCGAGCCCUAAAAUAGCACCAAUUGGCUAAAACAUACCACGGAUAAUCACAUAAAGUCCAAGAAUCCGAUAUAUUAAAGCCGAAUAUCACAACCCCACACUCAAUUGUUGCUUGUCCCUAAGCAACGACUCAAACGACACAAACACAUAACCAACCAUAACAAUGACACACCACAGACUCAACACUCAAAGUAAAACACAAAAUUUCCU